AUGCUACAUGGAGGUGGUGUUGCUGUUGCAGGUUCCCCAGUGCUCCUGCACCUUCCCGAGGAGAGCCAGACGGCCAGCAGUGAGUCUUUGAAGGAGGCCUCGGACGGCAGAAGCUUCCUGGAAAAGUGGAUCGACACAGACCUGGCAAAAGGCGGGCGCUGCCAUGGCCAGAAGGUCUUGACGCGAUUCCCUCCAGAGCCGAAUGGAUAUCUGCAUAUUGGCCAUGCAAAGUCCAUCACCAUCAACUUUGGCUUGGCACAGAAGUACGGCGGCGGUUGCAACCUUCGAUUUGACGAUACAAACCCAGACACGGAGGAGACGGAGUAUGUGGAGUCGAUUCAGGAGGGUCUUGACAUGGAGAAGUGCAAGGCUGGUGGCAAGCCUUGGGUGGGUGAGCCCGUGUAUGCAAGUGCACAGCUCAGGUGUGACUACUUUCAGAAGAUGUACGACUUCGCCAUCGAUCUGAUCAAGCACGGAAAGGCAUAUGUGGACUCGCAGACUCCCGAGGAGGUGCAGAAGAAUCGCGGUGGCGGCCCGAACAAUCUUCCGGGAGUCCCAAGCUCUGAAAAGCUCAACCCAUGCGAAGGCAAUGUCUUCUGCUGCACCUGCUGCACCAAGGUUGACUCGCCGUUUCGAAACCGUAGUGUCGAGGAGAAUCUACGGCUAUUCGAAGAGAUGCAGGCGGGAAAGCACGCAGAGGGCUCGCUUCUUCUCCGGGCCAAGAUCGACAUGAACCAUCCGAACAUGAACAUGCGGGACCCACCCAUGCCGCUGGAACUUCAAAAGCUGACGAACGCCUGUACCGGAUUCGAUUUAGUCAUCACCACCGAACUGGCGACCGCUGGAAGGCCACCACAGUUGCAGGAUGCAAUAGAGGGCGUUACGCACUCAAUUUGCACCCUGGAGUUUGAGAACCAUCGUGCGUUGUAUGACUGGUUUCUCGAUAACACGUCAAUCGUUCCCAGCCGACCCUACCAGAAGGAGUUCGCCAGAUUGGAAGUGCAGGGUGCCUUCACCUCCAAGCGCAAGCUCCUGAGACUGGUUCGCGUUGGUGUCAGCGACAGAAACAGCGUGACGCCUUGGGACCUUGUCGAGGAGUGCUGGAGGGAAGACUUGGAGCCCAUCAGCAAGCGAAGAUUGGCCGUCUUGGACCCGCUCGCGGUGGAGAUCGUUGAUUAUGAGAAGGAGGAAGAGAUUCCAGGUUUCUCCCGUAAUGUCUUUAUUGACCGGUCUGACUACCAGGAGAAUCCGCCUGAAGGAUACUUUCGCCUGGGAAAAAUCGGCAGCGAAGUCAAACUGAGAUAUUCGUAUGUCAUCAAGCUAGAAGAGGUAGUCAAGGAUGCAGCGGGUAAAGUGGUGAAGCUCAAAUGUCAUGAUCCCAGCACCCGCGACGUCAUGCCUGCGGACCGGAAGCCCAAAGUCAUCCACUGGGUCAAUGCCAAGGAUUGCUUGGAUGCCGAGGUCCGUUUGAUCAACCCUCUCUUUCUACCAAUCCCGGAUCCUUUGCCGGAGGGCAAGGACUGGGUGGAGUACAUGAAUCCCGAAGCCUGGGUUCAAUGUGCUGCCAAAGUCGAGAGAGCGCUUGGCCAAUGCGUGUUGGAAGAUCGCUUCCAGUUCGAACGCUGUGGCUACUUCGUUGCGUGGAAGCACUCGAGCGCACCUGACUACGAUUGCUUUGGCACACCCCGCAAGCUUACCUUCAACCGGGUGGUGCCUUUGAAAGAGUCCUCAGACAAGAAGAAGCUCGAGGGACGAGGCGCAGCCAGCAGAAAAGAUGCUCAGGCAGCUGCAGCAGCUGAAAAGGAGCGACUGCAAAAGCUUCCACCCGAGGAAUAUUUCAAGCAAGAAAGAGGUUCGGAGUUUUCCGCAUACGACGAGACGGGCCUGCCCACACACGACAAGGACGGCACUGCGCUUCCGAAGAGCGCCGUCAAGAAGCUGGCCAAGGCAAGCUGGGAAACGGCAGAGAGGGAUCUUGCCUCAAACCUGGCCUUGGCAAAUCGCUCCACGAUGUCUUCUGUUGGGCGCAUGGAUGGAGCAUUCUUUGUGUCCAGGACAGAGUUGCUUGCAUGGCUUAACAGCAGCUUUCAGCUCAGCCUGGACAAGGUGGAGCAAUGCGCGAAUGGUGCGGUGUACUGCCAGAUCAUUGAUGCGUGCCAUCCCGGAGCCGUUUCCAUGAAGCGGGUCAACUGGAUGGCGAGGGACGAGCAUCAGUGCAUCCCUAACUACAAGGUGUUGCAGCAGGCUUUCAGCAAGGUAGGAAUCCAACGGCACAUAGAGGUUGACAAGUUGGUGCGUGGCAAAUAUCAGGACAAUUUGGAAAUGCUUCAGUGGAUAAAAAAUUACUUCGAACGCACGUUUCAAGGUACUACUUACAAUGCGGCAGCGCGCCGCUUCACCGAUAACGUGCCGGACUGGGCGAGGCCAUCAGAGGGCUCCAGCCAGCCACUCCGGCGGCCGCUGCCAGUCAGUGUGAACGCGUUGGCCUCCAAGGCGCCGAAGCACGGCCGCCCUGUGGCCUGGGAGGUGAUGGAUACCAGCGCAGUCAAGCUCCCAACGUGGCUCUUCUUCAGGUCUUCUGCCGCCUACGAGCAAGCAGGAGGCGAUGUUACCCUCACGCUCAGCACUCGCACAAUCCUGGAGCCAUCUGGAAAGCAUCAGGGGACGGUGUUUUGCUUCCAUGGAUUGGGCGACGAUAGCAGAUAUUGGGAGCCCUUCUUCGAAGCAAUGAGGUCAGUCGGCCUGGCCCUGGCAGGUCUUCGAGUUGUCGGUGUUGAUGCACCUCGCAGACUGGUAUGGGGAGAAAGAAUGAAUGCUUGGUUUGAAUACCUGACCGACCGCAGCGGCGCCUUGGAGGAGGACGAGAUCAACGAAACGCAGCUUGUGGAAACUCGCCGUGCGAUUCAAGCCUUGGUGCAGCAAGAGGUGAAGGCACUCUCCGAAGUCUGGCAUGAUGAGUCUCCACGAGUCUUGCUCAUGGGGUCCUCACAGGGUGGGUCUGUGGCUUGUGAUGCGGCGCUCACAUCACCGCAGAGAGUUGCAGGUAUUGUCAUGCUGCGCUCCCUGGUUUUAGGAUCAACUGCUACCCAGCAAGUGCAGAAGCAAGUACCGCUUGUGGCGAUAAGUGGCGAUAUCGACGACACCUUUGCGCUGCCCCUUGUGAAGCGAAGCUUGGACAGCAUCAAGCAAGAGGUGGAGCACGUCGUCAUAAAGGGCCUCACCCAUGCUGCAAGCUACAAUGCUGAAGAAAUCCUGGAGGUGGCGAGGUUUCUGUCUCGGCAGUUCGGCUUGGAGUUGGAGAUCGCUGACGCUUUGGGGCAACUGCGCAAUUUUGUGGCCAAGCAGGAUGCGGCCCUGAAGUCUUGGGACGAUUUGUCGGAGAGUGAACUGAUGCUUGCUGCCCGACUUGGUAUCCAAACCGCGGCCGCGUGGGACGAAGGAACUGGCAAGAUUUGGGAAGUGAACUGGGAGCAGUUAUCCUUCCUUCAACGACAAGCAGCCCAAGGCCUGGGCUUCACGCCGGAGAGCUGGAAUGCAAAGGAUUCUCGGAUCCCGCAAGAUCCGGCUUGUGAGAAGAGCUGGGCGGACCUCACAGAGGAAGAGCGGGCUUGGGCCUUGAAGCUCGGCGUCAAGAGCAGGAACGCCUGGGACAACGGAACUGCACCGGUUUGGGCAAAGCCGUGGAGAAAACUAUCCCAUGCAGAGCGGAAGGCAGCCGAGCAACUGGGCUUCAAUGAGGCUUCUUGGAACGGAACAUAG